AUGGGGUUCUUUACAUCAGUCGACAGCUUCAUCCCAGUUGCUGGAAAAGCCGUCUAUCUCUUCGUUAUUGGUGUCAGAGCCAAGAUGCUCGGCCAUAGCUAUGUGGAUGUGCUCACAUUUCUUCACCAUGAGCUCGCCCAAACCGAAACAGAGGAGAAUUGGAAACGCCGCCAAGAUCUUCUCGCCAAACUCUCCGAAAUUCUAGACAACAGAAAGCCAGACAGUGUUCUUCCAAGAGACUUUGUCGAAAAGUCCAAAGCUCUCUUGCCAGCCAUCGUCAAGGCCACCGCCUCCGAGAGAACUACUCUGUCAGGACAAGCCUGCCGAACUUCCAAGGUUGUCAUUGAGAACUUGAAAUCAGAGGUCCAAUCUCAGCUCGACAUCAUUCUGUCCGAGCUUAUCACAUUGUGUGGUUCCACCAAAGCUGUCAACCAAAAGAACGCCAAUGAAGCAAUCCUCUCCAUCUGCAAACAUGCAGGCUACAAUCACCGCCUCUUCUAUCACGUCUGUGCCGCAUUCAGAGACAAACGUAUCCCUCCUCGCGUGUUUGCUCCUGAGUGGCUGCGUCUCUUGAUUGAGACCUACCGCACUCAAAUGGACGACAAUAAAGAUGGCGAACUCGCCAGAAAGGCAAUCUAUGAAGGACUCACCGAUGGCCAAGUCAAGGUCAGAGAAAAUUCUCGUGCCACCUUCUGGCAAUAUCACAAGUAUGAUGCUCAAGGAGCACGUAUGAUCAUGGGCGGUCUUAACAACUUCGCAGCCAAUGCGUUGCGUGAUGACCCAAACAAUCCUGACAAACCUCAAAAGCCCACCAAGGCACCAAGCAGACCAGGCUCUGCUCUCGCUCAGAUCAGAGCACAAAGCAAGCAACGUAUCCAGCAACAGCAACAUCGUGGCUUCACGCCUGCGUCGAUUAAAUCAGACGAUAUGAUGUUUGGAUCUCUCGAUGACAUCAACCCUCCAGAACCACAGAAGGUGACGAAGAAGCCAACUUCAGAUCCAACACGAGAAAAGCAUGAAAAAUCACAUUCUGCUCAUGCCAGUGAAGCAUCAACCACCUCACGCCACGGCACAUCCUCCACCCAACCACGGCCCAAUCAUCAGAAGGUUCCUUCCAGAGACAACAAAGUUGACUCCAAAGACCUUAAAUCGGAGAGUCCUCAAGUCGAUGCUCGACCACUUCUAUCUGCUCCGGUCCGCAGAGGUCGUAUCGUUGCAACACCAAUGCCACCUGCAGGCAGCCAGCGUCCGGGAUCCCGCGGUGAGCCUACCAAAAAGCCAACAGAGAUCCGAGAAAAAGUCUCUGGCCGCCAAACACCAGUCCUUCCUUUGGAAAAGGAUGCUCCUUCCUCUGUCCCCAGCCAUCACCGCAAGACGGCAAGCCGACAAGAAAAUGCCAUUGCUCAAGAGAAAAGUAGGAAGAACGGACGACAAACACCAGUCGUUCCAGAGGAAGAGCUCAAACAACGCUCUCCAUCGGUACAAAAUAUCAAGAAGAGUGGCCGUCAGACUCCAGUCAUCGUUGAAGACAAAUCGGCUUCUGCCCCAACGACGUCCAAGAAGUCAAAAGAUUUGGCAACGACUUCAGAGCAUGCUGCACCCGCUCAGUCACUUCCCCUCCGCCCUGUACCUCCAUUCGCAUCAGACCAGCAAGCUGCACCAGUUGCUGAACGCGCUACGGAGAAGACCACUAGCCGGCAACACAUUCCUGAUGGCAAAGAAAACACCAACAUCAUCAGACCCAAAAAACAAUCACCAACAGAGUCACCCCAACGCUCUCCCAACCGAUCACCACAGCGAUCACCACGCCGUCGAAACAGCAUUUCAUCUGCUAAGAAAUCACUUGCGUUGGCCAUCGAGUACCUCCGUCAUGGCAAACUCGAUGCUCUUGGUUUCCGCAGGCUUAGAAAGCUGAUUGAGACUCAUCCACAUGUUCUCAUCACCCGUCAAGCACAAUUUGAUGAGCUCUUUGAGUUGCUUGUCCGCAACAUUGCCUCGUUUGACGAAAUCACCGAAUCUCGAGACAAGAGACAAAAUCUCAAUCACCCUGUCUACAACAGACACACCAUGCUAGUCAGCUUGGUUGACCUCUUCCAACAAUAUCCGCAAUGGCCCGAGCCACAACCAGGAAUGACCAUCUCAGCACUCCUCAUUGCGAGAUGCAACCACAGCUCGGGCUACACCUCGGUACUUCAAGCAAUUGACGAUUCCGCCUACUUUAUCUGUACUCAGUCACCGAGUCCCUUGCCAACCAUCGACGCGGUCCUUGACACUCUCGAGCAAAUCGAGUAUAUCAUUACCACCAAUGAUCCUAUUGUUACACCUAAAUCCACCACCACGGUUUUCCAGAACAGCUUUGAGAGCUUGGCCUCAGACUUUGGACCUGAAAAACCACGAUUCGCCACACGCCUACCUAUUGUUAUGUCCUUUGGACUCAAAGUCCUCAACGCCCUUCUUGACCGUCUCGCCAUCUGCGGUCAAAGCCUCUAUACCAUCCAAGAGGAUCGACUCGCAUCAUAUGCCGAGCAUCUCCUCGCCACCUACACCUCCCUCAUCAAGAGACAAGUUAUGGAAUAUUGCACCUCACUGCACGCAGUCAUCAAGCCUGAAAAAAGAUUCUACAACUACUUCAGCAAGGAGUCGGACAAAAACCUCAUCCACUACUACGUGGCAGGUGCAUCAGGCGCUGUCUAUGGCUCCUUGGGAAGCACAGGCAGAGUUGUCAUGCCUGAGACUGACAUGGAGUACAUGGAACCCGAGCCUUCGACGUUCGAACCCAGUUCAGGAAUGUCAGCCCAUUGGAAAUUGUUCGCAAAUGGCGGCAAGCAUGGAGAUGUUACACCAGGGUUGGAGCACCCGAGUUCCACUCCUCUUGCUUCUGUGAGUAGCGAGAUCGCCACCUCGGAUGGCUCGAGCAAUUGGCAAGUCCUCGGUACCACAACGGAUGCCUAG